UGGCUUGUCUUGUCUUCAGUCUUUGCAAUACUGCUCCAAUUCUUGCAUAUUAGAAUAAGGAACUUGUGCCAGUUAUGGGAGUGUCCAUGACCAUGUUUCAUUCUAGAGCAGGGAGGGGUAGAGAUAGCAGUAGUAGCAGCAGUACAAGAAGCUCCUUCCAUACUGCUAAUGAUAGCUUGGAAUCUGAAGAUGAGAUCAAAACCAUCAUAGCAUCAUCUUCAUCAGAAGCAGCUGAGAUACCAUCUCUUGUACUGGGUCAAAGGUCAUACUCCUCUGGAAGGGUAACAUCAGGCACAGUUGAAGAAGAUUAUGAAAGCCACUAUUCAACAGCAAAGUCUUCAUUUGAUUCCAGAUACAGAUCAGAUACAUUCUACACAGCUACAUCCCAUAGUGGAAGAAGAGAUAGCUCUUCACUCUACAGCAGUGAGUUUGAAUCAGAUGAUAGUGUAUCUCUCACUGAAAGCAAUGUGGAGCAAGAAUUUGAGAAUGACGAGGAUGCAGAGAAACAUUUCUUAAAAGCCAAGCUGAAAUCACUGAGGAGAGAGAAACAAGAGAUCCGUGAAUUGAAACCCGAAGGAGAUAAAGAAUUUGAUGCAGAGAUGAAUAAGUUUGUUAAGAUACAACUUGCUACCCUACUACAUAGAAGAAAAAAGGGUACCGCUUUAGUCAAGCCUCCAAGAAGCUCAGACACAACAAAAGACAAGAAGAGUUCAAAGCAAGGCAAAGGUUCUCAAGUCUCUUCUCCCUUGAUACCGUGUGGAGUAGUCGAAAGGCUCAGGAUACAAAACUUAUUACACAGCAUGAAAAGGGCAUCUCAAGCACCACUUCAUGAGAUUGACAAGUGUGAAAGUUGCAGGAAGGUGAAGGAGUCAGUGAUGGAGAAAGACUUCAUGAGAUCAAAGCACAGACACGUGUACAACCAACUAACAGAAGAGAGAUACAGACAACAUAUCGUUAACCAUGAUCCACUCAGUGAGAUUGGUAAUCUGGCAUCUGCAUUGCCUAAACUCAGCAGUGAUCCAAAGGAGAUAUGGAAACAGCUCAUGCAGAAUGGUAUUACUUGAAUGCAUCUAACUCAGAGGCCAAAACAAAGUUUCCUGGAUAACUUUCCCAGAUGUUUACUGCACAAUAUUGUUGGACACAUAAGCAUGUUGAUGUUUUGUGUGUGGAAACUCAUACAGAAUAAAGUUCAAGUCUCUCUGCAGCUGCGUGCAAUGAACAAACAUUUAGUAUUGUUGAAAUGUGUAAUAUGAAUGUAGUGACGUAACAACUUCCUUCCAUACAGCCAGAUUUUCUAAUUGCCAAUGAAAAUGAGUCAUAAUGGAUAUGAAGGGCAACAUAUUUUUUAUUUCAUUUUGUGUCACUACUGGUUUCUUUUAAUUUAGAGGCUUGAAAUAGAUUUAUGCCAAUAUCUUAUGAUAUUUUAUUUUUUCAAAAAUAAAGAUAAUACAAAU